AUGGGAAACUAUCAUUCCGCUUCAAAUAAUAGGAAAAACGUCAAUCGUAAAAAGAUACAUCCCCCAGUUGUUAAACCUGUCAAUUUGAUUAAUGAGCAAAACCGUAAUUCAAAAUAUAUUUUGCCAGAUUUUACCGAAAUAAGUAGAUUGCAAAUGCAACAUUAUCUAUUUCGUCAUGUAUUUGACGGUAAUUAUUCAGCACCAGGAGUAGAUGAAAUUUUGAAAACUGGUGGUAAGAUUCUCGAUGUUGGGUGCGGACCUGGCACGUGGAUUUUAGAGCUCGCAAGUGAGUAUUCUCGAGCGGAAUUUUAUGGAGAGAUAAAACCACGUAAUACCACAUUCAUAAGAGCAAACAUUUUGGAUGGGUUACCAUUCGAGAAUUGUACUUUUGAUUAUGUACAUAUUGGUUUUCUUGGAACUUCAUUUACAGAGGAAGAAUGGAAAACAAUAGUGAUACCUGAAAUCAUUAGAGUAACAAAACCAAAUUGUUGGAUUGAACUUUACGAGGCUGAUGGAUUUGCUCUUAACUGCGGUCCUUGUUAUAGACAAAUUAUAAAUUGCAUACAAGAAGAACUUGCAAAAAAGGAUAUCGAUGCUAAAGUUGCCACAAAAUUCAAAGAUUGGCUUUUACUGGAAAGUAAUUUAGAAAACAUUCACGAAGAAAUAAGGAAACAGCCAGUCGGACAAUUUGGUGGAAGAUUAGCAUCAUUAAUGGAAGAGAAUAAUGAUUGUUUCUUCCAAACUAUGGAUACAAGUCUCAUUGUUAACUUAGGAAUAAAUUCGAAAGAAUUCGAAGAGAUGUUACAAACCAUUCAUGAUGAAUAUAACAAAUACAAAACAUACAUAAAUUUCCAUCGCAUCUAUGCUCAAAAAUUUAUUUGA